CGUAGUGAUACCACCCUCAAGCCAAAACUUUGAAGACAUCAAAAGGUGAGAAGAGGCAAAAAUGCUCAGAGUUCAGGAAUAGAGGCAUUCUAAUGCAGUGACCAGUGUGCAGCACCAUAUAGACCUAAGCAGCAGAGGACUCAAAACCACAACACUGCGGUUCUACUUACCUGCAUUCUACACUGGAGCGACCAUUGACCUUCUGGAUAAGCAAGUGUUACUUACUUCUGAAAACUUCAAAGUAAAAUUCAGGACUUUUGUCACUAGACCUAUAGGUUCCAGUUCCUGUGAAACUCCAACCACAUUGGAUGGUACCUAUAGCUGACACAGAUCCCAUUUCCUCACAUUGUGGUUGGCAAAAGGGUUUGUAAUUUUUGGAUAAUGUGGUCAUCCACCAUAUCUGUUUUAUUGGCCUUGCUCUUGCUAUUUUGGGGGGCUUUUUUUGCACACAGUAACACUAUCAGCUCCCCGGAGAGACUCCGCACUGCUCCAGGGCUGGAAGAUGGGCAUGGAGGGGUGGUGGACCCCUCAAUUCUGGAGCAGGACAGUGAGGUGGAUACGCAGAGCUUACUGGAGACCAUGAAGGGUCAGUUUCUACGCACCUUUAACCUGUCAGGUCUUGGUCCCCUUAUGCAGCCAAGAGCCACUCGUGUACAGCCCCCUGAGUACAUGCUGGAGCUCUACAACCGCUUCGCAAAUGAUCGAACCACCAUGCCUUCUGCAAACAUUGUACGCAGCUUUAAAAAUGAAGACUCCUCUCCAUGCAGUAUGGGACCUGGUGGUGUGAGAAAACACCCACUCCUCUUCAAUGUAUCCAUCCCACAACAGGAGAAGGUCACUGCAACUGAGCUCCGACUCUACACUUUGGUCCAAACAGACCUCCACAAAUAUGCCGGUGUUGACAGAAAGGUGACUAUAUAUGAGGUGAAACAGCGAGACACUAACAACAGUCAGCAAAUAAAAGGGGAUGAUAUUGAGGGAGGAGGGCGACCCGAACAAGAGAGAGAAAUUGAACUAUUGGAGUUGGCGUCUCGACAGGUAUACGGAACAGAUAAUGGGUGGGAAUCUUUCGACAUGACAGCUGCAGUGCACCGUUGGAGAAAUUCAGACUAUGCCAGCACCCACAGGCUGGAGGUCCAUAUAUCAAGUUUAAAUUCUCAGAGUGCUGCAGCAUUUGAAGGUGAGGUUAAAGGCAAUUACAUAGGAGGUGACAUGGACAUUGACACAAAUCUGGAAGAUAAGCACAACCCCUUAAUGAUUGUCUUCUCUGAUGACCUAAGUGGAGAUCAUCAUGGAGACAAACGUGAGCUGAAUGAGCUGAUCCAGCAUGAGACCGCUGGGCGGGGCUUUCAGGACAACCUUGAGCAAGCGUUAACUGGUCUUUGGGAGGACCAGGGACUUACAGUACAAAAAGAUGGCAACGAGGAGGAGCUAAGUGAGGAAGCUCUCCUACAGAUGCGCUCCAACAUCAUCUAUGACACAACAUCUAGAAUUCGGCGCAAUGCCAAAGGCAACCAGUGUAAAAAGAGUUCUCUCUAUGUAGACUUCAAAGACAUUGGCUGGGACAGCUGGAUCUUGGCCCCCUCUGGAUACGAAGCCUAUGAGUGUACAGGAAUGUGCACUUACCCUUUGACCAAACACGUUACACCUACAAAACACGCCAUUGUGCAAACUCUGGUCAACCUGAAAAGUCCACAGAGAGUGUCCAGAGCUUGUUGCGUACCCACUAAACUAGAUCCCAUCUCUUUACUCUAUCAAGAUGAUGCAGGUGUGGUUACAUAUCAGUAUAAAUAUGAAGGCAUGGUGGUAGCAGAGUGUGGAUGCAGAUAGCAUUGAAUGGACACAGGGCAAUUGGGUGAAGCUGGGCCAAAGCUUAGGAAUUGGAUUGGAAGGAGACUAAAAUACAUUCAUUGUCUCAGAACCAGUCAAAUCUAUGGUCAACAUACAAGUUUCUUCCAAAUUGCAGUGGAUGAGCUCUUACUUCCAACAUUACAGUGUUAGCAGGAGUAAUAAAAUGAAAUCAGCCUUUACUUGAUUCAAAGUUAAACAAGGGUGUUGCGGCAGAGGACGUAAUAGGAACCGUGUGACACAACGCAAGCUAUAGUGGAAAUGGGGAUUUCAUUUCGUUUUCAUUUAAUUUCAAGAUUUCAUUCCCACUGAUCAAGGAUUGGGUGGAACAUAAGACACUAAUUAAACUAACAACACGCCUCAAAAUCAGCCAGGAUAAAUUAGCUGUUCUUAUCAAUAAAGCUUAAGUUUAAAGUUUAAGUCAAAGAUUAUAUCAACUCAAACUCAUGACAUACUUGGCCAUAACUCUUUGCUAAGUGGGUGUUUUGAUGAGAUGGCAGCUCAGAUGAGAGGGUUUGUGAACUUAUGCACCACAGGGUCAUUUUGGUGACCCUGCCAGAGACAAGAAGCCUGUGAAACUGGCUGUUUCCAGUUUUCUCUAAACACAGUAUCGUAUCUGUCAAGACUCUGACGCUUCAAUACGAAGUUUCCUGCCUUGCUGAAUGCAUUUGAUAGGAACUCUUCAAGUUAACAUGAAACCUUUAUCUGAAGACUGUUGUGAAGAGAGGAAAGGGGUGAAACAGGCCAGAUUGGGCCAGUCUGGACUUCAGAAUCUGUCUGAAAACAACUGCUUUUCUGGAUAUUCACAGUUGGCAGUCACUAUUGCAAAAAUAGUAGACACUCUUUUUGUCAGCAUCAAGACCAAGUGAUAAAAAGAUGAACUUGAAACUAUUUAGCAAUAGAGGACAAUUCAAAACUGUUUAGAUGCAUCAAGCCUUUUUGUUCAAUGCUUAGGCAAAAAUCAAAUUGUUGUCUGCAUUCAACGGAAUUAACUCAGAAAUCUGUCACUCACUGACUUCUUGCACCAGUGUUGAAAUACGUGCAUGGGGCAUUGACAGAAGAUCCACCUUGAUUCUACAGCUUGGCCGGUCUGCCUUAUUUAAUUGGUAACAGAAAGCAUCAAUGGGUAUUGAGGGCCUAUCUGCCCCCUCCUGCUCCACAUGCCGUGCGAGCUGCGCUCCCACCCCAGAGCAGGGCCAUGAUAAGGAGUUGUCAGGACUGAGAAACGUGUGUGGUAUUCAAUGCCUGGAAAACUAAACGGCCUUCCAAGCUGCAUGGGUUGGGGGAGGGAGCUGUUAAGAUUCCUGGGAAUGAUGAGGCAGUUUGAUUUUUCUAUCAUAUCAACUUUUUGUUUCAUAACUAUCCCUGGGCUAAAGACACAUAAUUGAACCCCCCACUGCUUUACUGACAAUGUCCUCCCAUAGUCUUGCUCCCAGGCAACCUCCUGUCAUCAUUAGACGAACAGAUCUCCUUUUGGACCCUUAUCACUGUUAGGACAAGACAAUGUAUGAGAACUGUCUCGCAAGGUCAUCCCCACCCACAGAUAUACUUCUCAAGACUUUUCAGUCAUUAACAUUUCUGUUGAUGACUGUUAAGUUUAUUCUCAUGCCUGAAAUAUACUUUGCAUUAUUUACUUUAUUGACGUUACUGACAUUGUGUUAAUGAAAUACAAUUUGUGUUCUGCUGCUUGUAUUUAUCCUAAAGUUUAUUUAUUGUUUAAUUUAUUUUUUUUAAUAAUAAUUAUUUUACUGAAUUUGUAUAGCAAUUCUGUACAUGUGAUUACAUACAAAAUAGUGAGUACAUGAAAUGAUUGUGCAAAAAAUGUGUCUACACUUAAAUUAAUUUAAAAUGAAUUCAAAUUAUUAACGUAUCCUUUAAAAGUUACUGUGUUUUAAAUAGUGGUGGGAAUCAGCAGGGAUAAUGAUAUAUGGGUCAUGAGACAAUAUAAAUAAUGCAGUCCUUUAGUGAAUAGUUAUUUAUAUUGCAAUCUUUAUCUAACUUUUUUCUUUUAAUCAUCAGUGGACCUCAGUGCUUUGCACAUUUAUAUUAUAUAAUUUUUUUAAUUUUGAUGAAUAUUAAUAAUUGAGUGUUUAUUGACCUUAUGCUCCACUACAUUUGAACUUACUUACUUACAUACUUGCUCUGAAGGUGAAUAAUUUUACUCAAAAUAUUAAUUAAGAAUACUGAUACAUGUGAAAGAAAAAACAUAAUACUUUAAAAUAUAGAUUUUUCCCCUAUCCCUAGUUGUAAAGUAUUCAGCAAUGUUUAAGGUGCUUUAAUCAAUCACUUUACAAGCACUGACUUCUCAUUAGGAUUUGCAUAUAUUUUUAAAUAUUUGGUUGAUGCUCUGCUCUAGUCACUUGCACUCAGACUUUCUCCUUAACAAGAUAUAAUUGUCACAGUCCAUCCAGAGCUUACUGUUUAGACAGUGUGCGUGGGAGAAAAUCCUUUGAAAACCAGAAGCUCAAAGGACCAUAGUUGACAUGUGUCAAACAGAUCCACAUCCAUGGGAAGCUAACUGGAAACUAAUGACCACACAGGCUCAUCUGCUUUGUGGCUUGAGACUGUGCAGAUGUAUUUGGAACUGUAUAUGGGGCUGGGGCUUAAAAAAAGUUUAGCUUUGUUGACAAUGUAUUUGAGAUGUGAAGUAAGCUUUGGUAAUUAGCAAUUGCCAGUUGCUGUUGUACAAGCAAUGUAUUUGCCAUGUACAAGCGCACACAGAAAGUGUAAA